AUGGCUGAUAUCGCGUUCGCAACUCCAUCCCCUUUGGCAAAGCUCAGCUUCACGCCCAUCAUCAAGGACAACCUGAAUCCAGCUACCCCAGCCAAACCCGAAACAUUCAACCCGGACAAGCAUCUUGCAUUCGUCAACGAUCCCAAGAAGUUGUCUCUCAAAGAUGUUUCUCUGCCCGAGGAUAUUGGAAUCUCUCAAGUGGCCUGCUCGGAGCCGUUCCCUCUCUUUACUGAAGAGGCCAUCCAGUACAUGAGACGAGAGAUCUUCACGACCGAGGUCUGGGAGAACUGCCUUCACAGCACCAGGUUCGCGCCCUGUCAGUUGCGUGGCCACUGCCCAAAGUACGCGCCGUUCAUGAACCAAGCCUGGAACGAUCCGAAGACUUUGUCUGUCAUUUCCCAAGUCGCUGGGGUGGAUCUCAUCCCCAACAUCCAGUACGAAGUUGGCAACAUCAACAUCUCCGUACAGAGCAAGACCGGCGACCAGGAAAACACCCAGAUGAAUGCUGGGGACAACACCUCCGUUACAAAAUGGCAUUACGAUGCUUUUCCUUUCGUGUGUGUUGUCAUGAUGAGUGAUGCGACGAACAUGGUAGGUGGGGAGACAGCUAUCAAGACGGGAACGGGCGAAAUUCUCAAGGUCAGGGGCCCGCAGAUGGGAUCUGCAGUCAUUCUUCAAGGCAGAUAUGUCGAACAUCAAGCACUCGCAGCCAUCGGUGGUGCCGAGCGUAUCACAAUGAUCACAUCUUUCCGUCCCCGAAAUCCUUGUACGAAGGACGACUCAGUCCUCACAUCCAUUCGACCAAUUUCUGAGCACUCGGAGCUUUACUACCAAUGGGCCAAGUACAGGGUUGAGGUGGUGCAGGAGCGGCUCCAGGCAUUCCUCAGGACUCUGGUAGAAGACCACGCAGGAGACCAGCCGACGGAUGUCGGAAGAAUCAAGGAAUUCUUAGUCCAACAACGGGACUAUAUUGCAAUUACUGAUGAGGAAAUCGUGGAAACGCGAGGACCACACCUUGCCUGGGAGGGAAGUUGA